AAACGAGUACAUACAAUUCAGACGAGUACCUUAAGCUCUGCUGAUAACUAGUGGACGAUUUCAGCCGCCGAGUUCAUCUUGAAUACCGAGCACACAAAACCUAUACCCCUUCACAUUAUCUGGACGUUUAAUAUACUGGGCAAGCAUUGGCAAUAAAGGUGGUAGCAAUAACAGGCGUAUUGUGUCACGGUGUAAUUAUCAAACCAAUAACGGCUUAACACAAACCGAGAGAAGUUGUGCACGAUGGGGUUGCUUGUACAGGCAUUAAUACUGAUUAUUGUCAAUGUGUCGUUUCACUGUCUCUGCAUUAACCCAGCGGACGUAAUAUUUGCCGUUAACGCUGGCGGCGAAGAACAUGUGGAUCUUAAUGGGAUACGGUAUGUAAGAGAUUAUAAUAAUUUCGGCAUCGCGUCUGACUACGGGAAAAAUAGAUACAUACAUCGAGUAGCACAGCACGACCAGAUUCUUUACCAAACGGAAAGGUAUGCUCUCAACACGUUCGGCUAUUCAAUACCGAUCGACAUUCAAAUGGAGGGUGACUACGUGAUGGUGUUGAAAUUCAGUGAAGUCUACUUCAUGGGUUCAGGCGAAAAAGUGUUCUCUGUGGUCCUGAACGGUCUCACUGUUGUACCCCACCUAGAUAUUUUUGAAGAAGUCGGGUACUCAGUUGCUCAUGACGUAUAUAUUGAAUUUCAAGUGUUUGAUUCAACCUUAUAUUGGAAAAACAAGAGGUCCAGAAUUGUGUCUAAUCAGAUACGAGUAGACUUUGUGAAAGGUGAAAAAGACAAUCCCAAAAUUAACGCAAUAUAUGUAGCCCAUUGUACAAUCGUAGAUAUACCAAAAUUACCAUGGUUCCAUUUCGUGCAAGAACUACAUCAAUACGACUCAUCACAGGAAAACGACGAAGCCUCUCAAUAUGAAGAAUUACAAGCGUAUAUUGAAGAAAAAAAAGCACAGUAUAAACAUCCUAAUAAUUACAGAGCUGUACCACCUGAACCUACGUAUAAGUGGUUCUCCCAAUAUUUUAUUGUGAUAAUGUUUGUCCUUUUUAGCACCGCGUUAAUAUAUUUAACUUCUAAUUUUGCAUAAAUAGGCAAUUUUAACUUAAACUACACGUAUAAUAUUUGGCUAGUUAUUGUAUAACACAUACAGAUUACUGCAGGAUUUAUUAAACUUUUUGUU